AUGUCGUUGUCGACGCCAGUCGUCUGCAUCGCCCUGUUGCUCCUUGCAUGGCUUGACCAAACAUGGGCGAUGCGGCCCGACCGCAUCGCGAGUCUGCGCAACGACACUGUCGAGAUGUUCUACCAUGGAUACGACAACUACAUGAAGUUGGCUUUCCCUGACGAUGAGCUCCGACCUGUCACAUGCGCCCCUCUGACCAGAGACAGCCUGAACCCCAACAACAUCGGUUUAAACGACGUCCUUGGGAACUAUUCCGUCACGCUCGUCGAUACUCUCUCGACUCUUGCGAUACUAGCUUCUGCGCCGCCUGAUGACAAGGGCACUGGGGCCAAGGCAUUGCGCGACUUCCAGAGCGGCGUUGCGGACUUGGUAGAACUAUACGGAGACGGGAGGUCGGGAUCUUCAGGCCAAGGCACCCGGGCCAGGGGCUUUGAUCUGGACAGUAAAAUCCAGGUCUUUGAAACGGUCAUUCGCGGAGUGGGAGGUCUGCUCAGCGCGCACUUGUUCGCCAUCGGGGAGCUGCCUAUCAACGGGUACAAACCAAGACCCUCGGUCGAAACGGACCCUGAGGACCCGUUGGAGCUGCCUCCAAUAUCCUGGCCCAACGGAUUCAAAUAUGAUGGGCAGCUUCUGCGCCUUGCCCUAGACCUCGCCCAGCGUCUAUUGCCGGCAUUUUACACCAACACAGGGAUGCCGUACCCACGUGUCAACCUACGCCAUGGCAUUCCAUUCUUUCCAAAUUCGCCUCUUUUCCACGACUUCUCAGGUACUUCAAGCUCCAACGCUCCAGGCUCUGCGGAUAUCACAGAGACGUGCAGCGCGGGAGCUGGAAGCCUGGUGCUGGAGUUCACCGUCUUGAGCAGGCUUACUGGCGAUACGCGCUUUGAGCAGGUCGCCAAACGCGCUUUUUGGGCUGUCUGGAAUCGAAGGAGUGACAUUGGUCUCAUAGGCGCAGGUGUCGAUGCCGAACAUGGCAACUGGAUCGGAGGUCAUGCUGUCAUCGGCGCCGGUGCCGACAGCUUUUUUGAGUAUGCCCUCAAAUCGCAUAUUUUACUUUCAGGCCACGAAAUACCCAACAUGACCACUCCAGAACGGCGCACUUCGGACAGCACCUGGCUUGAUCCUAAUGAGCUGUGGACUCCAUUGACCGAAGAACAGAACUCGCCCGCAGCAUUUUUGGACGCCUGGCAUCAUGCACAUGCUGCAAUCAAGCACCAUCAAUAUGACGAGACUGGCCAUCCCCACUACGUCAAUGUCAAUCUUCUCACUGGUUCGCAAGCGUCCCAAUGGAUAGACAGUCUCGGCGCAUACUACCCCGGCCUUCUGAUCUUGGCUGGAGAGCUGGAUGAAGCUAUCGAAACAAAUUUGCUUCAUGCUGCAUUGUGGACCAAGUAUGCCGCACUCCCCGAACGAUGGUCCUUCAAGGAAAAGCAUGUCGAAGGAGGCCUGGGAUGGUGGCCACUGCGACCAGAGUUCAUCGAAUCGACCUACCACCUUUACCGCGCUACCAAGGACACCUGGUACCUGUACGUUGGUGAAAUGGUCAUGCGUGAUAUCAACCGGCGCUGUCGAACCGAAUGCGGUUUUGCGGGCAUCCAGAACGUCAUCACAGGAGAGUUGACUGAUCGCAUGGAGAGCUUCUUCCUUGGCGAGACGACUAAGUAUUUGUACUUGCUCUACGACGAUAGCCAUCCCCUCAACUCAUUAGAUGCCGCUUAUGUCUUCACCACUGAGGGCCAUCCUCUGAUCAUACCGAAAAAGUCCAAGCAUCUCACGAGGACGAGACCUGUUCCUCCAGCCGCAACGAAGGAAAUCGCGCUGUUUUACUACAAUGAGGAAUUCAGGAACGUGUGUCCCAUGCCUCCAGAGACCUUGUCCCUCACUGGGUCUGGCAUUACUGCGCGAACAGACUUGUUUCACGCCUCCCGCAUGCUUGAUUUGCAUAUGAUGCCCAACAUGCACGCCGGCAUAGAAGCCGGAGACAAGCCUGGGACGUACAGAAUCAAGAACAAUCACACAUACUUUCCUUGGACAUUGCCACCGACCAUGCUAUCAGGGAACGGCACUUGUGCCAAAGUCUCCGAGCCGCCUGAAUAUCAUCUCGAGUUUGGCAUGGUCGGCCAGAACGGUGUCUUCGAUUCAAUCAUAGGCGCGCAAAACUUGGAUCGAAUUGACACAUAUCACAUCAGAGUCAACAGACUGGCGGGCUUGAAGCUUACGAUGCGCCUGGAAAUAGGCCCUGAAGGCGCACAAGAGCUCAGGGUGACCAAGGUAAAUGGGUUCGGUCUUGGACGGGAUGAGAAUAUUGUCUUCAAUCGGGCCUUACUUGCGGACAUAUCGGAUACAAAAUUCAAGCUCGUCAGAGACCUAACGACGGUCAAAAUACAUCAACUAUACCAUGUGGACAUCAGCGAGAAUAAUGACCGCAUAAAUGAUGUGUCUGCAGCGGAAGGCUCAACUGAGGAAGAUAUCGCCGGAAACGCCACCACUACAUAUGCAGAGGAUUACGCUACGCCGGAAGAGCAAUGUGCCCCGCCCGAUGAUGGUAUCUUGGAGGAGUACAACCCUUUCGACGCCGACCACCACGGCACAGACGAGAUCCCCCAAGCUCCUGAGACCCUGGCAACGAAUAUCAACAGCCUUCUCCGCAACCUCUGGCACCAAAUGCGCGACUCGUCGUCAUCAUCGUCGACGACAGGCCAGGCCCCGUCUUCGAAUGGAGUCCAAGUCCUCGACACACACGGACACCCGCUCAACAUCAUCUUGAACGCCACAGCCAUCACACCAAUCGGUGUUGGCGCUGCCCCCCUGCCCCCAACCGACAUCCCAGCAGGCGCCCACAUCCCAGCUUUCGGGCCCGUCCAACCGGCGGUGCUGCCAUGGACCACAAGCUACGCAGCCGGGCUCUCGUGCGAGGCAGUCAUGCCGGAGGAGGCGCCGCGGGACCACCAGCUCAUCAUCAUCCGGCGGGGCGGGUGCACGUUCAGCGAGAAGCUGGCCAACAUCCCUGCGUACAAGCCCUCGGCCACGUCGCUGCAGCUCGUGGUCAUCGUGUCGGACGACGAGGGGCAGGAGGAGGGCGGCGGCAUGGGCAUGACGCGACCGCUGCUGGCCGAGGAGCAGCGCACGCCCAGCGGUGUCCUGCGCCGGCAUCCCAUCCCCAUGGUGAUGAUCGGCGGCGGGGACGAGGCCUACCGCCGGCUGGCCGCGGGCGACAUCGUUCGGGCAGGCAUGAGCAGGAGGUACGGCGUUGAGAGCGAUGGGCGGAGGAUAUCUAAUGUUAUCAUUGACGACGGGGAGAUCAAGCGCCUGGGGUAG